AUGCUCUCCGCCGUGAGCGUCAACUUGGCUUUGACGUGCGUCGAGAGCGCGUUCUUCGGCAUCUUCUUCGUCCUCGCGGUCACCUCGCUCGCGGUGCUGGUCGUCCGCCAUAGCAACCGCUUCAGCGCCUUCAACGGUGUCCCUCCAUCCUCCGAGAGGAUAUGGGCUUCCCCCCUAUUCAUCGGGACUGUCCUUCUGCUCAUGACAGUCACGGCUCACUGGAUAAUCACCGUACGAAGGCUCUUCGAAGCAUUCCUUCUCCACGGCGGGGGGCAGCAUCCAGCCACAUACUAUCUCACCGUAGAGGCGCCUACACAAGUUGCGGCCACCGCUUUCGUCGUUGCGUCUGUGAUAGUCGGAGACAUCAUCCUAACCUAUCGCAUUUGGGUUGUCUGGGACCGCCGCUGGUCUCUCAUUGUUUUCCCGGCGCUAUGUACUCUCGGUUAUGUUGCGAUGGGGAUCAGCGUUAUCCAGCUAUUCGCAGUUUAUCGCCCGGGAGAAAGCCCCUUCGUCAAUGCCGCACAGCGUCGCAUCAUAACUACCGCCGCGUUCACCUUGACAACCAACAUAUAUGGCACAGCAUCGAUCGCCUAUCGAAUAUGGUCGAGCAACAGGGCACUGAAGCACGACCACACGCAACCUGGAAUGGGCCUGACGGAGGCACUCGUAAUAUUCAUCGAAAGCGCAGCGCUCUACACCGCAUGGACACUGUUCUUCCUCGUCUCGUACUCCUCCAACUCGCUGCUCGAAGCCUUCGCUUUUCACUGUAUACCCGCCGCGACCGGCAUCUCCUUCAUGCUCAUCAUCGUCCGCGUAGGGCUCGGCUUCCACUGGUCGCCCGCGUCCGGCAGUGGCAUCGCCACACACGCGUCCACGCGCAAGCAGCCCGCGCGGCCGGAAGAGGGGUAUCCACCGGUGCGCAUGAUCUCGCUGAACGUGACGCGGACUGUCGAGCGGGAGACGGACUUCGCGCUACGCCGCGCGCCGGAGAAGAGCGAGACGGACUCGGGAAGUUUGCCAGACUUCAAACCUUUCGAGGAGGUUUGA